AUGAUGGCGAGGAAGAUGAAGGACACCGACAGUGAGGAGGAGAUCAGAGAAGCCUUCAGAGUCUUCGACAAGGUCAGCUAAUCAGAGGAAUAUAAUAUUUUCGAAUUUCUUACCAGUCAUAGUAGUGCAAAUAUUAACCAAUGGGUUUCAUCACUCCCAAAAGAUAUGUCUCAAACCUCUCCAGAGUUGACAAAAUUCAUAAUUAUUUGACAUUUCAUAUUCAGGAAUCACUCAGUAAUAAGAUCUGCAUGUUAGUUAACACUAAAUGCAAACCAAAAAAAUGAAUUGAUUUCUUGUUGCAGGACGGUAACGGCUAUAUCAGUGCUGCAGAGCUGCGUCACGUUAUGACAAACCUCGGUGAGAAACUGACAGACGAGGAGGUGGAUGAGAUGAUCCGGGAGGCUGAUAUUGAUGGAGAUGGACAGGUCAACUACGAAGGUCAGUUUCCCCAUCUUCUCUCUCUUACACUUACGUUAACCUGA